UUAAAUCACAGAGGUUUGGGGACUGGCCGCAGUGUGUUAUGGGAUGUUGGAGAGCUGACGCCAUAUCUGUGAGGUGUUUUUAUUUUUAGCAGGCAGUGAACUGACAACGCUAAAAUCAUGGGCAGGAAGAAGAAAAAGCAGAUGAAGCCUUGGUGUUGGUACUGUAACAGAGAUUUCGAUGAUGAAAAGAUUCUCAUCCAGCAUCAGAAAGCCAAACACUUCAAGUGCCACAUCUGUCAUAAGAAGCUGUACACCGGCCCCGGGCUCGCCAUCCACUGUAUGCAGGUACAUAAAGAGACCAUUGAUGGAGUUCCUAAUGCAAUACCUGGAAGAAUAGAUAUUGAACUGGAGAUAUACGGCAUGGAGGGUAUUCCAGAGAAAGACAUGGAGGAGAGGAGAAGGAUGUUAGAGCAGAAGAACCAAGAGACUCAGAAGAAGAAGCAGAACCAGGAUGACUCUGAUGAAUAUGAAGACGACGAUGAGCCCGGUCCCUCCUUUCAGCAGCCUGCUGCACGUCAGCCACAAGCUGGCUAUGUCCCCCCUAUGACCCAGCCUGGCAUGCUUCCUGUUGGAUCUGGGACCCCAGCAUUACCACCAGGCAGCUACUCAGGAAUUCCCCCGAUGAUGCCAGGUGUGCCACCCAUGAUUCCAGCGACGCCCCCUGUAAUGCCAGGAAUGCCUCCAGGGAUGAUCCCAAUGGGUGGGAUGAUGCCUCCGAUGAUGCCCGGUGUACCACCAGGCAUUCCUCCUCCAAUGGGUACCCGUCCAGCCAUCACUCACAUGCCUCAGCUCCCGCCUGCUGCAGGCGUGCUGCCCAGACCUGCAGUUCCUGCUGGCCCGUCGGUGCAACCUGAUGUCACAAAACCUCUUUUCCCGAGUGCUGGGCAGAUGGCCGGUCGAGUUGCAAGUACAAGUAAAGCCUCACCAAGCGCAGACACUCAGUCCGCUUCCCCUAAAGCUCUGUUCCCUAGCACUUCACAAAGUCAGCAGACAGUGUCGGGGUCCCCUCACACUCCCCCCUCCACUACCUCCGACCUCGCAAAGCCCACUUUCCCAGCCUACAGUCAGUCCUCCACCGGUUUGGCCAGCCCAAAUACUGGCAGCAGUACGGUCUCCAAACCUCCCUCCACAGUAACCAGUAAGCCUGCCACGCUCACCAUCUCCAGUGCAACCAGUAAGUUGAUCCACCCUGAUGAGGAUAUCUCACUGGAAGAGUUUCGGGCUCAGUUGUCCCAGUACCAGUGCAGUAUUCCCCGCCAAGGCCAGACCACCAGUGCUACAGCGUCAGUGGGUGGCAUGAUGGCUCCUCAGCAGCACAGCAUGAGGCAUCCCAUACCUGGUCAGUAUGGUGGGCCACAGCAGGGGAUGCCAGGCUACAUACCUGGGCGAAUACCUCCGUAUAUUCAGGCCCCUCCGGUUGUUCCCCCAGUGUACCAGGGAGCCCCUCCACGGCCAACCAUUGUCACGAGACCCCCAGUCAUGUCUCCUGGAGGCCACUACUGAAGUCUGCUCCCUCUCUUCAAUAGGUUUGGACUCUCAACCCUUUUCUAAUGCCCUCAGCGGCUAGUAGAAAACCAGUAUUGGUAUUAUAUUACCAAAGUAUACUGAUGUUCUGCUACUGAGCUAUGAGGAAGAGACAUUAAAUAAACAGCAAAGACAGGAGCUGUAAACAUCCCAUGGCAUGGGAAAUAUUACAUUGCAUCUAUCAAAGACGUUGACCUGUUUGAUUUGAUUCUGAUUGAAACCAUCUCUGUUUUGUGGCUUUUUUUCCUUUUCAUGUUUAGGUGUAUAGAAGUGUAGUAGAUAUGGUUCGUAGUGUUGUGAAGGCGCUGGAGUUACAUGGGCAGUACCCACCCUUUAUCAAGGCAAGUUUUAUGUAAAUACCUUUCUGUUCUAAGCUAAAUGGUGAGGCCUUCACAGCACGUAGUGCUGUUGGACUUGUGUCCCCAACUUUGUUUGGUGAGGGCUUCUACUACCUGUUCAUGCUCUAAUUCUGUCUUUGUGUUGAUAUUUUUAUGAAGAAUUGCUCCCUUAACUCUAAAUAAAGGAGGUAUUUAAUGGUAUAUGUAUGACUGUGAAGCUGUAUUGUAAUAAAAUCUUAGAUUUUUUUUGUGGGAUGUUGCUGGGCUAUGACGUCAGAACAGGUUUGUACUCCUGGUAUAAACUGCAUUGUGACUGCUCUUCUGUUAUUCUGAAGGUGAACAGUAAACAUUGAUAUCUUGUAUAUGAAAUGCAAAAUGCUUGUAAAUAUUGUCUUUUAUCUAUAGGCAGUCCUUUACUGAUGCUCUGUACAUGGCACUGAUGGAAUGCAUUGUACAGGUGCAUAACAUCCAGAUCAUUAAAGGCUGUAGUGCUAAAACCCAGAUUUUUCUUUUCCCUGUAGCAAUGCCAUUCGGGGAACUGGCUGAGGCCCUGUCUCAGUGUAGCCCUGUUUCAGCCAGAGGCAAGUCUCACUGUUUUCUGUCUUCUCAUUCAUUAUCAGGGGCCCUCACAGCUUGCAUGCUGUUGGAUAUCAGUGUCCCCAAACUUGCAGCAAGUUUGGUGAGUGCCCUUGUUUGUGUUCUUGUAUUUAGGCAUCUUUUUCUUUAAACAUGUUAACAAACGUAAACAAUAUUUCAUUGUUUGUCAUUAAACUAUCUGCCCUGUCCUCCAUUUACUGGCCAAGCUCUUCACUAGUCUGCCUGAACCCUAGGUCUGGAUAAUAAACUCAGUCUCAGUAUUACUAUCCUGA